AUCGCACUUGACGAUGUAUCGACGACGCUACAACGACUUCUACAUCUUAGCCGUCAUCUGUGCUCUGAUACCGUUAUCAGCUCAAGUUUUGAACGAUAAUAAUCAAAAGCUCGAGUGGAUCCUUGGAAAAUGGCGGUCCGAAUUCUCUGGAAAGGUCUUCUGGCCUACCGUCCCAACCAUGACAUUCGGAGAAGAGCUAAUGAUCUACGAAGCCCCAGUCGCUAAAUCUGCAAAUGUUCAGUUUUUGAACUUCUCCGCUAGAGCAUGGUCUCACUCAACUAAGGACCAUUUCCAUGAUGAAUGGGGAUAUAUGACUGUAGACAAUGGUGGUAAUGCUACUUUGAUGACAACCGGAAAUAAUGGCUUUACGACCUAUGAGGUGGGCCAGGUGGCGCACCACAAACUCGUUCUCACACUCAAGGAUAUAGGACGAAUUUCGUUUUCGCGCGAUUUGCCCGUUGAGGAUUUACGUCGAACUUUUAUCAAACACGAUGAUCGGUACAUGGAACAAGUGCUCGAAAUGCGCACUGCUACACAUCCCAAAUCUGGUUACUUGGAGCAUACGAGAGUGAUAUACACAAAGCAAAAAGACGAUUGAUACCGUAUAUUUACCCUCUACCAACUGCCCAUGAAAAAACGAGUAGACUAUGUACAGAGUAUUAAUUAUUUUAAUAAAUAAUUAGA